AACCGUAUUUGUUUUCUUCAACGUUCGCCUCCACCCUUUAUCUCUCUAUAGCUCUUCCCUGUUUUUCUCUCUCUAGAGCUCUGUCCGUAGAUCAGACACGAUCCUCGGACUCUGUCGAUGGCGUCGAAGCGGAUCUUGAAGGAGCUCAAGGAUCUCCAGAAAGAUCCUCCUACUUCAUGCAGCGCUGGUCCUGUAGCUGAAGACAUGUUCCAUUGGCAAGCCACAAUAAUGGGCCCCCCUGACAGCCCGUAUUCUGGAGGUGUCUUUCUAGUGACAAUUCAUUUUCCUCCUGAUUAUCCUUUUAAACCACCUAAGGUUGCAUUUAGAACUAAGGUUUUUCACCCAAAUAUCAACAGCAAUGGUAGUAUAUGCCUUGACAUACUAAAGGAGCAGUGGAGUCCAGCCCUGACUAUAUCUAAGGUGUUGCUUUCUAUCUGCUCCCUCUUGACCGACCCAAACCCUGAUGAUCCCCUGGUGCCGGAAAUUGCUCAUAUGUACAAGACAGACAGGGCCAAGUAUGAGUCAACUGCAAGGAGCUGGACCCAGAAGUACGCCAUGGGCUAGUUUGAUAAUUGGUAAAAGCUUUUAGCAUAUUGCUCCGCACUACCCAUUGUGUAUAAAUCAAGCGUGCAUUUGUUGUCGUUGCUCCUGUAAUAGACAAAGUUAAGAAUAGAUUAUUACUUUUCAGCUUGCAAAGCUGGCAGAUGUUCUAGGUGUUGUACUUGAUAUCUGGAACUGUUGUAAGAUCAGCAGUUAAUGUUGUUCAAUAUGUUUGUUUGUUCUGUUUUCUUGGGGACUAAGAUCAAGCGCUUAUAUUGAUGCUAGUUUCUGUUUUGUUCAGCAUGAACUGAUUCCUCUGUAA